CCAUGGGGGGCUACGGAGGGGGCGUGGCCUCGCUGAGGGGGCGUGGCCAGUCCCGCGGCCCCUCCCGCCGCCAUCGCCGCGGAGCCGCCACCCGCCGCCGCCGCGCGCCGCGGCCGGAACCGGCGCGAACCGGCCCGAACCGGAACCGGAACCGGCGCGAACCGGGCGGCCCCGCCGGACCCUCCCGCCGCGAUGGGGGCCGGGGGGGGCCGGGGGGGCCGCUGCUGCCGCCGCCCCCCCCCCGCAGCGCGGCGGGGCCCGGGGCUGAGCACCGCGGGGCCGCGGGUUCGAGACCGGGGCUGCGGGGCUGGGCCGGGCCCGCCAUGGGCUGCAACAUGUGCGUGGUGCAGAAACCGGAGGAGCAGCACCGGGUGAUGCUGCAGGUGAGCGGGAAGGAGGGGCCGCGGCGGGAGCCGGCCCGGGGGGGUCCCCGGGGGGGGAAGGAGCCGCUGGUGCUGCACGUGCUGCGCCGCAGCCCCCGGGGCCGCCCCCCCCCCACCGCAGGAGCCCCCCCCUGGGGGGGGCCGGGACCUCCCCCCCCUCCCGGCCCCACCGCGGGGCUGGUGGACAGCGGGACCCAGACGGACAUCAGCUUCGGGGGGGCUGAGCCCCCCCCGCUCCCCCAUGACUAUUUCGACCCCACGGACCUGGGGGACCCCGAGCGCCCCGAGGAGCUGGAGUAUGAGGAGGUGGAGCUGUACAAGGCGAGUCACCGGGACAAGCUGGGCCUCACCGUCUGCUACCGCACCGAUGGGGAGGAGGACGCCGGCAUCUACGUGGGGGAGGUGAACCCCAACAGCAUCGCGGCCAAGGACGGGCGCAUCCGUGAGGGCGACCGCAUCAUCCAGAUUAACGGGGUGGAGGUGCAGGACCGGGAGGAGGCCGUGGCCUUCCUGACCCAGGAGCAGCAAACCAACAUCUCCCUCCUGCUCGCCCGCCCUGAGAGCCAGCGCUGGAAGGACAGUGACCGCGAGGAUUUCCUCGAUGACUUCGGCUCCGAUGAGGACGGGGACGUGCGGCAGCGCCGGCCCUGGAGCCCCCCGGGGCAGCCCCCCAGCCCCGCCACCCCCUGCCCGCGGGGGGCGGAGCCGGACAGCGGCGUGGGGCGCACGGACGAGAGCACCCGCAACGAGGAGAGCUCCGAGCACGACCCGCGGGGCGAGGAGGGCGACGGGACCCCCCCGCGGCCGGCACCGCGCCGCCCCCCCCCGGCCCGGCCGGGACCGGGACCCGCACCCGGACCUGCACCCGCAGCCGGGGGCAGCCCCCGGGGCCGCGCCGGGCCCGCGGGAAGACCCGGCGCUGGCUCCGGAUCGGGGCUGAGCCCCGGGGGAAGACCCGGCUCCGGAUCGAGCUCAGGGUCCGGAGCGGGCCGCGGGUCCGGCGGAAGAGCCGGAGCUGGAUCCGGACCCGGGUUAUUGCCCGUAGUCAGAGCAGGGUCCGCGGCAAGACCCGGUGCGGGCUGCGCGGCGGUGGCGGCGCCGCCCGGAGCGGGGCUCUCGGCCGGGGGGGCGCGGGGGGCGGCUUCCCCCGGAGGCUCCCCCGUAGCGGGGCCGCUGGGCCCGGCCGAGCUGCGGCGGUACCGGCAGCUGCGGGGCCGGCGGGGCGCGGCGGGGCCGGGGGGCGGCGCGGAGCUGGCGCUGCUCGGGGAGGAGCUGCGGCUGCUGGAGCUGCGGUGCCGGCAGCUGCUGCGGGCGCAGGCGGCGGAGCGGCUGCGGGAGCGCGGCCUCGCCGACAUCUCGGAGGCGCCGGAGCGGGACAGCACCAGCGCCUACAACACGGGCGAGAGCUGCCGCAGCUCCCCGCCGCCGCGGGGCUGGGCGGGCGCCGGGGCCGGGGCCGGUGCAGCCCGCGGCGCGGGCCCGCGGGGGAAGCGGCCGGGCCGCGAUCGGCUGCUCAAAGCCCGCGCCAUUAAGAUCCUGGAGGAACGCGGCGGCUCCACCACCGACGACGACGCCCGCAGCGAGCUGAAGACGGGCCGGUACUGGAGCCGCGAGCAGCGCAAGCAGCACCUGGCCCGGGCGCGGGAGCAGCGGCGGCGGCGGGAGCUGCUGCUGCAGGGCCGGGCGGAGCCGCCGCUGCCGGGAGCGGGAGCCCCGGAGCCGCCCCCCCCGGGCGCAGCCGCCCGGCGCGGGCCCCGCAAGCGGAGCCGCCGCAUCCUCGAUAACUGGGUGACGAUCCAGGAGAUGCUGGCCGGAGCGAGGGCGGGCGCGGGGGGGGGGAACCCGCUGCUCUCGGUCACCACCGUGUGAAACGGGGGCUCCCCCCUCCCUUUAACACCCCCCCACCAGAAACCGGGGUGCGGGAGGGGACCUCCCCUCCCAUUGUGCUGGGGGGA